GACACGAACCGUCACUUCCAUCAUUCGUUCCAUCUCGGGGCUCAAAGUGAAGCCCCGAAGCAUAAAACACAUCUCACUGUAGAGACCGAUACAUAGAUAAAAGAGAAUGAGACUGGUCCAUGGCUGCAAUGGGGGAGCAGACGGGUGCAUGCUGCAUGAAUCACGCUGUUAGAGGAGCGACACUUCUGAUUCGACUUUACAGCUUACGGACUUUGCCAUUUAGAGCAACUUUCACCGUUGCGACAAGACAAGGGACGUUUAGCUAACCUCAUUUAAUCGGUGUUACCGGUUGGGGUUGAAUGAAUAUCUCGAGGUUACAUCCGGUUCAGCAUCAGACAGUCAAAGCUCCUUAUAAUGCCUUUUAACCUCCGGCGUCGUCUGGAACUGCGACUCCAACUCUGCUUCUUAUAACACUUCGAUUAAUUAAUCUAAUGCGAGCUUCUCAUCUUCAUAUCUCACCGUCACACACACAGGCAUGUCUACCGGGAGCUGUACAGCAACACUGCCUACAAUCGACCAUCUCAUCGCAGGCGCGGGCGGACACUCUAUUUCGUUUAUAGUAAACGGGCUUGUCUUGAAAGGCUUUAAAAAAAACAAUACAAUAUGGUAAAUUUGUUGUCAUUCAUCUGCACUGGCGUCGUUUUAAUGUAGGGGGCGCUACAGCCCACUAGCUCAGUGAAAGUUAGGCACUUCCUGUCGGACUCGCCAAAUUUAAAAUGAAACUGCACGGGGAACUUAGACUGCGGUUACUCGAGCAGUGGUGCGCAACAGAGUGACCCCAUCCACACUUCUCCAUUAGCGAAAAGGCAGCCAUGCCCCCACCUGCUGACAUCGUGAAGGUCGCCAUCGAAUGGCCGGGUGCAAACGCUCAGCUUAUUGAGAUGGACCAGAAAAGACCUUUGACCUCAAUCAUCCGUGAAGUCUGUGACGGAUGGUCUUUAUCAGGCUCUGAACAGUUUGCUCUGCGAUAUGCCGAUGGUCCUCAGCUUUAUAUCACUGAACAGAGUCGCAGUGAAAUAAAGAACGGGACCAUCCUUCGAUUAGCCAUUUCACCCGGCCGUGCUGCUCGUCAACUCCUGGAGCGUAUCCAAUCCCAUGGGAUUGACGCUCGCUUAGAGGCUCUAAAGGAGCUGGCCAAGCUGUCCGCAGACCCCACGUUUGCCGCGGAGUUUAUCAAUAUGGAGGGGAUUGGGACCUUGGCCCGCCUGGUCGAGAGCGGCACCCACUUUGGCGAAAUGCUGGCGUUCACUCUCACUGCAUUUCUGGAGUUAAUGGAUCACGGCAUUGUAUCCUGGGAUCUUAUCUCGCUCUCCUUCAUCAAGCAGAUCGCAGGCUAUGUGAACCAGCCCAUGGUGGAUGUGUCCAUCCUGCAGCGCUCACUGGCCAUCCUGGAGAGCAUGGUACUCAACAGCCACAGCCUCUACCACCGGGUGGCUCAGGAGAUCACCGUGGGACAGCUCAUCGGGCACCUGCAAGUGUCAAACCAAGAGAUUCAGACUUAUGCCAUUGCCCUCAUCAAUGCUCUUUUCCUGAAAGCACCCGAGGAUAGACGGCAGGAGGUGUACGCUAACCCGCUGGAGCAGCACCUUACCGAAAUGGCAAGCACCUUGGCCCAGAAGCACUUGCGGUCCAUCAUUCUUAACCACGUCAUACGAGGAAAUCGACCAAUCAAAGCAGAGAUGGCCCAUCAGCUGUACGUGCUGCAGGUGUUGACCUUUAAUCUUUUGGAGGAACGAAUGAUGACCAAAAUGGAUCCGAAUGACAAGACCCAAAGGGAUGUCAUUUUCGAGCUGCGGAGGAUUGCCUUUGAUGGAGAAAAUGACCCCACCGGCACAGAAAAAAGAAAGGCGUUGUAUGCUAAGGAUUAUAAAAUGCUAGGUUUCACAAACCAUGUGAACCCUGCUAUGGAUUUCACUCAGACUCCCCCAGGGAUGCUCGCUUUGGACAACAUGCUGUACCUGGCCAAGGUGCAUCAAGACACGUACAUCCGUAUUGUUCUUGAAAACAGUAGUCGCGAAGAUAAGCACGAGUGUCCCUUCGGCCGGUGUGCCAUCGACCUCACUCGGAUACUCUGCGAGAUACUCCAAGUUGGAGAAUUGCCUAAUGAGGGCUGCAACGACUACCAUCCCAUGUUCUUCACUCACGACCGAGCAUGGGAGGAAUUCUUCUGCAUCUGCAUCCAGCUGCUCAAUAAAACCUGGAAGGAGAUGAGAGCCACCUCCGAGGACUUUAAUAAAGUCAUGCAGGUGGUCCGAGAGCAGAUCACCAGGGCCCUGGCCAUGAAGCCCUCGUCCUUAGACCAGCUGAAGAACAAGCUGCGAGGUCUCAGCUACUCAGAGAUCCUGCGAUUACGACAGUCUGAAAGAAUGAGCCAGGAUGACUUUCAGUCUCCGCCCAUCAUUGAGUUGCGAGAGAGAAUCCAGCCUGAGAUUCUGGAGCUCAUUAAACAGCAACGACUCAAUCGGCUGUGCGAGGGCAGCUGUUUCCGAAAAGUGGGAAACCGCCGAAGGCAAGAGAAAUUUUGGUUCUGCAGACUCUCCCUUAAUCACAAAGUGCUGCACUACGGGGACUUGGAUGAAUCACCUCAGGGUGAAGUGCCUUUUGAGAUGCUCAGCGACAAGAUCCCCGUCUCCGACAUCAAGUCUGUGGUGACUGGGAAGGACUGCCCUCAUAUGAAAGAGAAAAGUGCUCUGAAACAAAACAAGGAGGUGCUGGAGUUGGCUUUCUCUGUCCUUUAUGAUCCGGAUGAGACUCUCAACUUUGUUGCGCCCAACAAGUAUGAGUAUUGCAUCUGGACGGACGGCCUGUGCGCACUACUGGGCAGAGAGAUGAGCAGCGACCUGACACGCAGUGACCUCGACACACUUAUCAGCAUGGAGAUGAAGCUCCGCCUCCUGGACCUUGAGAACAUCACAAUCCCGGAGGCCCCGCCCCCUGUUCCGAAGGAGCCAAGCUCUUAUAAUUUCACUUACAACUAUAGCUGAGAUGUGUUGAUUGUAAAGCAAUUUAGCAACGGUCAAGAAUGUGCAUAUUAUCUCUUUCAACGAAUCCUGCAGUGUGCUAUUUCGAAAAGGCUACAGUGGAACCUCUAAAAGCGAUGUUCUGAUUUCAAAAGUGUGAUUUUUCCAGACACAAAUUUAUC